AUGCCUCAGCUGGCUCGUCAGGCUCCCAUGCCUCAGGUGUCUCGAGAGGCUCACAAGCCUCAGUUGGCUCGACAGGCUUCCACGCCGUGCCUUGGCCGGCCCGUCAAGAUCGCCCAACCUGUCAGACCCACAACCCCCAACUCCACAGCCCCUCAGACCCCCAACCCUCAACCCCACAACCACUCAGACCCCCAACCCUCAGCCCUCAGCACCAAAACCCCUCAGACCCCCAACCCUCACCCUCAGUCCCAAAGCCCCUCAGACCACCAACCCUCAACUCCACAGCCCCUCAGACCCCCAACCCUCACCCUCAGCCCCAAAGCCCCUCAGACCCCAACCCCCAACCCCACAGCCCCUCAGACCCCCAACCCUCAGCACCAAAACCCCUCAGACCCCCAACCCUCACCCUCAGCCCCAAAGCCCCUCAGACACCCAACCCUCAACCCCACAGCCCCUCAGACCCCCAACCCUCAUCCGUCAGCACCAAAACCCCUCAGACCACCAACCCUCAUUCCUCAGCACCACAACCCUUCAGACCCUCAUCCCUCAGCACAACAGCACUACAGCCCCUCAGAACCCCAACCCUCAUCCCUCAGCAUCACAGCCCCUCAGACCCCAACCCCCAACCCUCAACCAUCAGUACCACAGCCCCACCGCCACACUGCCAGGGCUACCUUCUGA